AUGGACUUCUGGCUUUAUUUUCUUCUCCUUCCGCUGGCGCUGGCGGCUAUCUUCUCAUGGUUGAGCGGUGAUUCCCAUGCCCCAAAAUCCAUCCCCGCUGCUUUCGAUCUCUUGACUCUUACCGCUCAAGAUGUUGCGCAGCUUCUCAGCAAUCAGACUUUUACAUCGCUUCAGCUGACUCUAGAAUACCUCAGAAGGAUUGAACUCGACGACAGGUCCGGCCUCGGGCUACACACGAUGCUAGAGCUCGCGCCGGUGGGCACUACCCUCGCCAUAGCAAGAGAAAGGGACCUCGAGCGACAAGGAGGGAUACUACGAAGCCCUCUACAUAAUGUCCCACUCAUUAUAAAGGCAUGCCCACAGUCCAGUUCGAAUACCCUUGUGAUCGGAAAAGCCAAUCUCGGGGGACUUAACGGCUGCAAGUACGUCGGUCCAGGCAUCUGCACCAUGAUUGGUAUCCUUGCUAACCAACAAUGCCCAACUCUAGGGACAAUAAUCUCAGUCCAGCCUGGUCUCGGCUCGGUGGCGGAACACUGUCACCCUACGAUCUACAGCACCCUUGCGGAUCGUCAGCUGGAUCGGCCGCCGCGGUAG